AUCCAUACAUCCAGCCAUCCAUUCAUCCGUUGCUCGCAGGUGUGGUACCGAUGACAACGCGGAAGUGUGUUUGGCAGCAGCGCAGAGAGCCGCUGGAGUCCUCUGUCUUCGGUCAGACACGAUGUCCAGCAACGACGAGAUCCGCUACUGUCAGAAAUUCUCCUACGUUUUCCUCAAAUACCUCCUGCUCCUCUAUGCGAUCGUGUUCUGGUUAAUAGGUGGGUUUAUCCUGGCCAUUGGCAUCUAUGCUGAAGUGGAGAGGCAACGUUUCAAGACGCUGGAGGGAGUGUUUUUGGCUCCAGCCAUAAUUCUGAUCCUGCUGGGGAUCGUCAUGUUCGUUGUUUCAUUCGUUGGAGUCUUGGCUUCACUGAGGGAUAAUCUAACUCUACUGAAAGUGUUCAUGUACACCCUGACCAUAUGUCUGAUCCUGGAGCUGCUGGGAGGAGUCUUAGCGCUGGUGUUCCACAACCAGACUGUGGAAUUGCUGAACAAGAACAUCCGAAGGGGCAUCGUGAAUUACUAUGAUGACCUGGACUUCAAAAACAUCAUGGACUUUGUUCAGAAGAAGUUUAAGUGUUGUGGAGGUCGGGAGUAUAAAGACUGGGAAGUCAACAUGUACCACAACUGUUCUGCACCUGGUCCACUAGCCUGCGGUGUCCCAUAUACCUGCUGCAUUACGAAAAAGCCUAAUGAAGUGGCAAACACUCUGUGUGGGUACAAAGUGCUGGAGAAAGAGCGUUUGAACUUAAUUGACGAAAUCCAUAUUAGAGGCUGCACUGAUGCAUUCUUCAUCUGGCUGAUGGACAACUACAAGAUCAUGGCUGGACUGCUCCUAGGAAUCCUGCUGCCUCAGUUCUUCGGUGUGAUAGUCAGCUGGCUGUAUAUCACUCGUGUGGAAGACGCCAUCAGUGAAUACGGUCACUACAUGGACGGGCUGCUGAGUUCAAAUGUACAGGAAAGACGGGCUAAGAGGCAAGGCCGCAUGGCCAAAUGGUUUAAAUGUAUGCCAGAGUUCGACUGAUGGAUACAACAAGCACCAAAAUGGACUGGACCCAAUAAUUACAGUGUGCUCAAAGUGUUCAGCAUCAGAUUGUUUAGAGUUUGAUAUUCAAGUGCUCUUUUUUCUCCUCAGUGUCCACCAUUCUAUUAAUUAUUAAUCACUGUGUUGAAAUACAGCCUCCUAAUGGAUGAGUGGCAGUGCUUUUAGCUACAUUGUGCCUCAGACAGUCUCAGGGAUAAACACAGAAGCCAAUACAACCACUUUUGCUACUGAUACCACUGCAUGAAAUUAGACUCUUCAGUUGCAUCACACAAUCACAGUCUGCAGCUUUACUUUACUUGUAUAUCUGCAUUUGUUUUCUUCCACUGAUUAAACCAACACACGACUUCUUUAUACAUCCAACUGAGAGAGUGCUUUCUUAAAUCCUUGUUUUCUUCAUUUUUUAUGGAAAUAGACACACUGAGGUUUGAGACUAACAAUGAGUUAUUUUGAAAUGUAUCUGUGGAAUACAUACUUACCUUCCCAUCUCCCAGGGACCAGACAAGUGCUCACUGAACCUUUACGAUGUGUUCAACUCAACAAGUGUCAUCUUCAAUAGCAUGUCAACAGACGUUUUCUUCAGCCUUUAGCUUUGACUUUCCAUUGGAUCUUAAGUGUGUACUAUAGUAUUUAACCAGUGUAUUUACUGUUGUAGGAAAGUAAAGCACUGCACUGAGCAUUCUUGGCUUUUGCAUUUUUGUGUUGAUUUUAAAAUGAGUACUAAUAAAGUGGCAUUGCCAUAUUAACAAGGGGGUAUCCCAGGGUUUCUGUGAAGCAUAGCUACCAAGUCUCCUAGAAAUGAUGUUCAUAUAUUAAUAGUUAACCAAUUAGUGAGUUGCACAGUUUCAUCUGAACAUGAAGUAAUGCUUCAAGGUAGCAUCUCUGCAAAAACACAGAUCACAGAAAUCACAAAGUCUUGUGAGCUAAAGCACAAGCUGUGACAUGUUUACUUUAUUAACUGAAAACCACAAUGUUUUCCCCUAUUUUCAAUAAAAGUGUUUUUACUCUCUAAACCUCAUCACACACUAGACUCAGAUUUUAAGCUGUCUUUGGUAUAAAAGUGCUGAUCUUUGUACACAUUUGGAUGCCUGUGGGGGCUGUCCACUAAUUGCAAGUUUGGCAAUUCAUGGUGAUUUCUUAAAGAUGCUGAACCUGUAGUUGUCCCCAGUGGUGCUGCAAUGGUGUGUGAAUGUGUACAUGUGAAUAAAACAUUGUAAAGUGCUUUGAGCUUUUAGCACUGCUAAGGUAAAAAAAAUUAAGUGUUGCGUAAGUACACAAGCUGCAUAAGAUCAUUUAACAUUUUACGGUGAGCAACCCAGACCACCCUCCUACAAGUCAUUACUUUAACACUUGUGCACUAGAAUACAAACCAGCUUGCAAUUCGGAUUAUCUCAGAACAAAUUAGGCAACAUUAAAAAACUGUAUUUUCUAGGAGACGGCGUUGCAUACACACGUUUAAACAGGCUGACCAGGAUGUACUGUACAGUGGGUGGAAAUUGCCUUAAAACAUCCUGCAGCAUAUAAUUCAGAGCAGUUUUAAGAAUUUGUAGAUAUGCACUUGUUUAUGACAGAAUUAAUAAAUGGAAUUUAAUGGGCUACUUGAUGUGUUAACUGAGACCAAAGACCUAAUCUUCGUUGAAUUAAUUUUUUUAUUGAAAUCUCCCAUCUUUUGUAUUUUUAUGAGUUUCUUGACUGUCUCAUCUUUGUAACUUGUGAAGCUAUUUACUGGUGAGUUGAAGGUAAAAAUGUUGUGUAUGUACUCGGUUGAUCAAGGGAUUUUUUAUUUUUUUUGUUCAUUUUUACAGUAAGGCUGCACUCAUACUGAAUCAGAUUCACUGUAAAACAACACCGUGUCUUCUGGCUGGUUAAGCUGCAGCAAAUUUUAUAUUUGAUGAUUUUACUCCUUUUAAAAUAAAGACUCUUUUAUCCAUUUGCAUUAUUGUAAUUACACUGUUGACACCACUCAAGUUACCUUAUUUGUUUGCCUCAUUAAACCAGGCUUGUCUAAUGGUAUUAAAUUAAAGGGUGCUUAAUUAAUGAGGCAUCACAUUAUUUUCAGCUAUUUUGUUUCAAACUGGAAAGUAAACAAUAAAUAUAUUGACUCUGUUUUUAAUAAUGUUACUGUUGUGUGCAUUUUGUAGUCAGUUUGGUUCAUUUUUUUUUAAUCGUACUGUACUUAGAACCAAAGAAACCAUACCUGUUCCCCUCCAUAUGCGGAGAAUGUUGUUAAGUAAGUUACACAACAUAGAGGACAUCAAACAGUCACGGGUAAAGUGCCAUUGUUGUGUUUUUAAAGAGCUACAUGAUUCAGAAUGUUAUUAUUGUUAUGUUAUUUUUGUUGUCCUCCCACAUGUAUGUGCUAGAGUGUACGUAUACGCAUGCAUGCGUUCAAUAUGUGGGAAUCACUGGGAACUGCAUCAUCUGCAUUUAAAAGUUAGUAGUCUGGUCAGUUCACUGACCUGCAUAACAGGAAAUGAAAGAAUGAUGUUCUCAAAGGUUUUGCCUGAUUGAGGGUGGAAAAUAAAAUGAUUUAAUGCCCUUUAA